UUGUCACACACAACACACACACACACACACACACACACACACACACACACACACACACACACACACACACACACACACACACACACAUAUAUAUAUAUAUAUAUAUAUAUAUAUAUAUAUUCGUGCGCGCGCGCGCGUUCGCACGCGCACACAUACAUACAUGCACACACAUGUAUUAAUAAUCCCUUCACAAGUCCACUGCUGAACAUAGGCCUCCCCCAAAGAAUGCCACAAAGCACGGUCCUGAGCCACCUGCAUCCAUCGACUUCCUGCAAAUCUUACCAGGUCGUCACUCCAUCUAGUGGGGCGACGCCCUACACUUCGCCUGCCGGUACGAGGCUGCCACUCGAGUACCUUUCUUCCCCAUCGGUAGUCGGUUCUUCGAGCUAUAUGGCCGGCCCAUUGCCACUUCAGCUUACUAAUCCGUUGGGCUAUGUCGGUCACUCUGGUUCUACUGCGGAUAUCCUCAUUUCUGAGUUUAUCACGCAGAGAAACUCCGAGCAUAGCCCUCUCCAUAGCUCGCUGAGCGACCUUGAGCUUCCUCAUCCGGCCAGCAGUGAAGGACCACGUCUCAGUUCCGUAUGUCAUCACUGGCAACACGCACUGGGUGUACAGUCUCGUUUUCAAGUUUUGAGGUAUACCUGA